AUGGCGUCCGCAAACCCUGUGCCUAUGAGACGCGCUGCCAGCUCCAAACCCGGUCACAGGCCCAGCAGCGAUAUAGCCUCGUUCAAAAAGGUACUCUCUUCCUCUAAGCGGGUUCUCGCUCUUUGCGGUGCCGGUCUUGGUGCCUCUUCUGGUCUUGAUACUUUCCGGGGACAAGGUGGAUUAUGGCGCAAUUAUCGAGCGGAAAAUCUCGCUACCAUGGAUGCUUUUACUAGAGAUCCAGGGUUGGUUUGGUUGUUCUAUUCGUAUAGGCGUCAUAAGGCUUUGGCGGCUGAGCCGAAUAAGGGACAUUUUGCGCUGGCUGAGUUGGCGAGGAGGAUGAAGAGAGGUGAUGAAGAGGGAUUUGUGUGUUUGACGCAGAAUGUUGAUGGUCUGGCUCAACGCGCAGGUCAUCCGGAAGGUUCACUCAAACUUCUCCAUGGAUGUCUUUACGACAUCAAAUGCGCCGAUCCAGUUUGUGAUUACCGCGAACGCAACAAUUUCGACGAUCCUUUCCAUCCAUCCAUCGCAAUCACCAGCGAAGAUGACGAGAAACUUUUACCCGCAGCAGCCAACGAAACACAAGCCAUGAUCACCUUCCUCGAUCCGAACAAAAGCACAAAUACCAUUAAAAAAGAUGAGCUUCCCCACUGUCCCAAAUGCACCACUGCUCUCCUCCGUCCAGAUAUCGUCUGGUUUGGCGAGCCUCUCCCAAAUGACACUCUAGAUGAGGUAGAUCGCUGGAUCGGUAAAGCACCCGUCGAUCUUAUAUUAGUUAUUGGGACCACAGCGAAAGUUUACCCAGCAGCGGGUUAUGUAGAUGUAGCUCGUGAUGCGGGUGCGAAGGUUGCGGUGAUUAAUAUGGAUGCGGAGGGAUUGGGUAGUGCGGGGGGUUUGGGAAAGAAUGAUUGGUUGUUUUUGGGGGAUGCGGGGACGAUUUUGAAUGAAAUUUUGAGUCCUUUGACUGAAGAGGAAUUGAAAGUAUGA